GCGACGGCCGGCGGCCGCCGCGGAGCGGGAUGGUGAGCGCGGCCUGUCCCGGUGCACCGGGCCCGGCCCGGCCCCUCCGCGCCGCUUCCCCGGGGUCCCCGGUCACAGCCCCUCUGUCCCCGCAGCCCGCCCGCAGCCAGUCCCGGUGCCGGCGCAGGAGGAGGGCCCGCAGCGCGGCGGCGGAUGAGAUGGUGCUCAGGGAGGGCCAGAGCCUGCAGCCAUCGUGCUCCAACAGCCCCGUCGUGAUCCUUCGAGAUGGCAGACUGCCCCGAACGUCACCCACUGGCGAGCACAAGCCCAAGACCACCCGUCUCAUCACCAAGGACUUGAUCCGUGACCUCGUCAUCCCUGCAGAGAACCCAGCAGCAUCCCUCAUUAUCGGUCGGGAGGAUUUCCAGCGCAUUAAAGAAGCAGCUCGAGUCCUGACCAAGGAGGAGCGUGAGGCCAAGCUGGCAGCCCUCAAAGCGGAGACAGAAGCAGUUCUCGAGGCAGUGAGCGAGCGCAAGAACCUGGCGAAGCAAAAGGCCAUCCGGCAGCAGCAGGUGGGGAAGCUGAGCGAGCUGGAGGAGGCGGCGCAGGAGCGGGCCCAAUACCUGCUGCAGCGGGCGAGCAGGAUGCGCAUGGAGCAGGAGGACGAGAUCAAGGAGUUCAGCGAGCUGGUCCUCGGUGCCAAGUGCCACAUGAUCCGUGACACGCAGAUCCUCGAGAAGCAGCUCAUCGCGAAAGAGCUGGAGGAAGAAGAGAAGCGCCUGGCCAACAUGAUGGAGGUGGAGAGGAAGAAAGCCAACGAGAUGCAGGAGGAACUGGAGCGCAGGAGGAAGCAGGAGCUGAUCAGAGGGAGGCAGGAGCUUGUGAAGCAGAUGGAGCAGAAUGCGGAGGAGCGGGCUCUGAGAGCCGUGCAACGGGACCAGGAGGCACAGGAGGUGCUGGAGUACCUGGAGCGGCUGAAGAUGGAGGACCUGAAGGACUUGGAGCGGAGACAGGAGCAACAGAAGAAAAUCCAGGCUGAGAUUAAACGCAUCAACGAUGAGAACCAGAGGCUCAAGGAGGAGCAGCGGGAGCAGGAGAGGAUGGCAGAUGAGCGGGUGCUCGAGUACCAGAGGCAGAAAAUGAAGCGUGAGGCCGAGUUCGAAGCUGAGCAGGAGAGAAUCCGUUGGGAGAAGGAGAAGGAGACAGCACGCUUGAGGGCCAUGCAGGAGAGGGCCCAGGACCACCAGGCAGAGCAGGAUGCGCUGAGGGCCAAGCGCAGCCAAGAGGCUGCUGAGCGAGAGUGGCGGCGCAAGGAGAAGGAGGCGGCACAGAAGAAGGCUGAGAUGGAGCAGAUGCUGAAGCAGAGCCGCCUGGAGCAGAUUGCUCAGCGGGAGCACAGCAUGGCCGUGCAGGCGCAGCAGGACCGCCACGAGUUCGAGAGGAUCCUCAGGGCUCAGCAAGAGAAGAUGGAGAAGGAGAAGGUGGAGGAAGCGCAGAGGGCAGGUCUGCGGCUCGCCCAUGCUAACGACGUCCGGUGCCAGAUGCGGGAGCGUCAGCAGCAGCUAGCGCAGGAGCGGGUGGCUGCCUUCGAGGAGUGCCAGCGGCUGGAGGAGGAGGCCCGCCAGCGCAGCCAGCGCAUCACCCAGCUCAAGCAACAGAAGAUGCAGGAGCUCAGAGCUGCUGGCAUCCCCGAGAAGUAUUGUGCCCAGGUGGAGCGGAAGGCCCUGAGCCUAACAAGUGCAGCCCCUGGCCAGGCUCAGCCCCAUGAGGAGCAGAGCUCCAGUUUCCCAGUGACUUAGAGGGUUCCAUUUUCUUAGGCUGAGUUUUCUAUGAACAAAGAUGUUUAUGGAGCAGA